AUGAAAAUGUGGACAUUCUCUUUCUUGCUGGGCAUCCUGGCUUGCGCUUUGGCGCAUCCCGUAAAGCGGGCUAGCCAGCCCAUUUCCACCCCUCUAGGCACCAUCAUUGGAAGCACAUGUGCCAAUCACACCAACGUCCAUCAAUACCUGGGUAUUCCCUAUGCUCAGGCCCCCAUCGGUGAUAACCGAUUCGCCUCUCCCAAGGCAUACCAGUCAGCAUACCCAUCCAGAGAAUGGAAUGCGAAUAGGUAUCGGUCAGCCUGCCCUCAGUUGAAUUCCCCACUGGGCAACGUGACGGAGGAGGACUGUCUUUAUUUGAAUGUCUGGGUGCCUGAUCGUCCCCGUCAACAUGACUUGCCUGUGCGAGUGUAUAUUCAUGGCGGUGGAUGGUACUUUGGUGCCUCUAGUGACGCCCUCUUUGACGGCUGUUCUGCUACUGCUGUAUCGGAUGCCAUCCUUGUGACAUUCAAUUACCGUCUCGGUGUCUUUGGAUUCUUGGCUCUUCCCUCUCAAGCCAACAGCGAUCAUGGAGUGGGCAACUGGGCCGUUCAGGACCAGCAAUUAGCUUUAAAGUGGGUUCAUGAUAAUAUUCAUCAAUUCGGGGGUGACAACAGCCGAAUCGAAAUAUUUGGCGAAAGUGCCGGUGGGUCGGCUGUGUCCCUCCAUUUGAUUGCAAAGGGCUCCGAAGGACUAUUUUCGACGGCAAUAGUGGAAAGCGGGGCGGCCUCUGAAUUGCCUCCCAUCAACGUUGCCUAUCGGUCGACCUGGGCUGUCGCACAAGCAGUCGGUUGCACCACGGAGACGACCGUCUCGCAGACGUCUGGAGAACAAGAGCGGGUCUUGUCUUGUCUACGCAGCACAGCCGCGCUUGGUCUCCUCUCCAAUGGCCCGCAACUUGCCGUCAUCAGCUACUCGAACCUGACCGCCCUCAAAUGGGGCCCCUCGAUUGACGGCCACAUCCUCCGCCGUCAGAUUCCAGACGCCCUUGCAGCCGGCGAAAUCAACCGCGGAGCUGACAAUACCCCCAUUAUGCUCGUGGCGGGAACAAAUUCUGAGGAAGGCAUUAUCUUGCUCCCCCAAGGUCUCAAUGCGACACAAUCCCAACUGGACCAACUGAUCGAUGAACUUGCACCCAACCGAGGUGAAUACGCAGCAUACCGCUCAGUCCUCACUACCCAAUACAGUGUGGAUAGAUUCAAUGGUAGCUACUUCAUCGCUGGAUCCACUCUUAUUACGGACUUUCUGUUCCUCUGCCCAACUUACCGGUUCCUAAAAGCCUUUACGAGACACAACAAGGCGUACUCGUAUCUAUUUACGAGGAGUAUUAGAUGUCCCGCUGUGACAGGAGGAGUUGAUUUGGGCGUUGUUGGGGCGGGACAUGGGAUGGAGUUACCGUAUGUAUUUCAGAAUCUGGCUUUAUGUGGGUUGGAGAAUGGGGAGGAUAAGGAGUUGGCGGAUAUGAUGCUUCGUGCUUGGACAAGCUUUGCAGCAACCAAGACCCCAGGAAUAGAUAACUGGGACCAAUGGACUGUUGAAGACCCUCAGAUAGCAGUGCUCAAUAUCCCGUUCAGAACGGUCAAGCACGAUGUCUCUGAGAAAUGCAAAGUGUUUGAAGAGUUGGUGGGUGUAGCUGUUAGGGAAAGCUUUUAA